AUGUUAAAGUUGUUGUCUGUACGUAAACUUAGAACUCUGAAUAAAAAUGGUCCGCAAUUAAAUACUAAUUUAUUAUUUUCAAUAAUUUCAAUAUCAGCUGUCGAUUUUGGAACAAGGUAUUCGGGUUUUGCUUACGCAAACACAGGCAAUCUAGAAAUUAUUACAAAUGAUACUUGGCCGGAGGUGGCGGGUGUAUUUAAAACCAACACGGUAUUGGAAUAUGAUCAAAAUCUCAAGAAUGUAGUAGCGUGGGGACUACCAGCGCUGGCACAAAAACCUUCACGGCGGACUGAGAGAAACAGUCCUGUUGAGUUAUUCAAGCUUCAUUUAGGUAAUAUUCCUGAGAAGGAGAAACCUGUGUUACCAAAAGGAUUGAAUUAUAAGAAAGUUAUCACAGAUUAUUUAACAGAAUUAGUAUCUGUAGCAAGGUGUUGGCCAAAUGUUAAUUUCAUGAAUCAAGUAUUGUUAAUUAUGGCAGUUCCUGCAGAGUUCUCCGAACAAGCAAACGCUACCAUUAGAGAAUGU